GUGUCUUACAACAUAUGUCUGAAUUCCACCAUUUUCCUCAUGUAAAGACAGUUAAUUUGACCAACCGAAUUUCCCGGGCUUUUGCCCCUUUCAGAAGGCACCCACAGCCACCACGUUGGAUCGAGGCCCUGUCCCCGCGGAAUCGCAAUCGCCCUCAAUUCAAACCCAACCACAUUCUCCUAUCUCAACCACCAUUACUGCCCACAAAUCUGUAGGAUCAAGAAAUCUUGAAAUUCUUCGCGAGUACUCUUAUCUCACAAAAAGAAAGAAAGGGUCACUCCGUUUGCUCGCUUGCAUGAAUUCUCACUGCCCUGAUCAUCUGCCGAAUGCCACGUCGCUUUCCGGCGUGCCGGGAUUUGUGUUCUUGCUCAAGUGUUCAUUUUCUGUUUGAGUGUUGAAACAGAGGAGCAAUAUAGAGAAUGUGCAAUUGAUUUACCCAUUGGAGUAACUAGUGCUUGACAAGGUGGAUUAGCUGUUCGACGAAUGGUCUGAUCCAUUAGCGCUGGUUAAAAUUAGUUGAAUUCAGCAAAAUUCAUUGACAAUGGAGUUCACAGAUAAGUAUGUGUCAAACGAACAUAAAGAACAACAUCUAUCAGCUACCGAGAGUGCGGAUCCGUCAUCUGUUUCUCCCUUUGUAAUCUCAACAUCCCCAAAGUCACCACGAUCACCGAGAUCUCCCAGGUCGCCAAAUUCCCCAAGAUCACCGAAAGGUCAGCAGGGUAAGCAUGGUGGAAGUGUGGGGAGUCCCCUCAAGAAUCAAAGGCAUUCUCAUUCCAGGAGAGAUGGUCAUCCUAAAAAAGGUGGAUAUGGUGGGAAAGGAACCUGGGGAGGUCUACUUGAUAUGGAUAAUGAUCAUGUUGAUGAUCCUAAUGAUCCGAAUUACAUUAGUGACAAGGAAGACACAAAAUUCGUCAGCAAAACAAGUGCGGAAUUUGAAGAGUUCAAAAAGAAAGCCACAGUUAUAGUGGAGGAAUAUUUCGUCAAUGAUGAUGUUAACUCAACAGCCAACGAAUUGAGAGAACUUGAGAUGCCAAGCUAUAGCUUUUAUUUUGUGAAGAAGCUUGUUUCCAUUGCUAUGGAUAGGCGGGACAAAGAAAAGGAAAUGGCUUCUAUUCUGUUGUCCUCGCUAUAUGGUGAUGUCAUAGAUCCUCAACAAGUUUACAAAGGUUUCCAAAAGCUCGUCGAGUCUGCAGACGAUUUGAUUGUGGACAUCCCAGAUGCAGUUGAUGUCCUUGCUUUGUUUAUUGCUCGAGCAGUGGUUGAUGACAUACUUCCUCCCUCGUUCUUGACAAAGACAAUGGCUUAUUUAAGUAAGGAUUCAAAAGGUGUCGAUGUCAUCAAAAGAACUGAGAAGGGCUACUUGUCAGCUCCUUUACACGCAGAAACCAUUGAGCGGUGCUGGGGAGGCAGAAAGAAUAAAACAGUUGAAGAUCUGAAGCUUAAGAUAAACGACUUAUUGAUAGAAUAUGUUGUCAGUGGAGACGUAAAAGAGGCUUUUCGAUGUAUCAAGGAUCUAAAUGUUCCUCAUUUCCACCAUGAGAUAGUUAAGAGGGCUGUUAUAAUGGCCAUGGAAAAGCGACAAGCUGAAAACCGACUCCUUGACUUACUGAAAAGAACCGCAGAAGAAGGUCUAAUUAAUUCAAGUCAAAUAUCAAAAGGAUUUGGCCGAAUUAUUGACUCUGUCGAUGAUUUAUCCCUAGAUAUACCGAACGCAAAGGUUUUAUUGCAGUCCUUGAUUUCCAAAGCAGCAUCCGAGGGAUGGCUAUGUGCCUCGUCACUGAAAUCACUGUCACAGCAUCCUGGAAAGCAAACUGUCGAAGAUAAUAAAGUUAAAGCCUUCAAGAAGAAGGCUCAGUCAAUAAUUCACGAGUACUUUCUGUCGGGUGACAUAUCAGAGGUGAGUUGUUGCUUAGAGUUUGAGAACAGUUCCUCCUUGGCUGAACUGAAUGCGAUUUUUGUGAAGAAAUUGAUUACUCUAGCCAUGGAUAGGAAAAACAGGGAGAAAGAAAUGGCUUCUGUUCUGUUAUCAUCUUUGUGUUUGCCAUCGGAUGAUGUGGUGUGUGGCUUUGUAAUGUUGAUAGAAUCAGCAGAAGACAUGGCCCUCGAUAUCCCCGUCGUUGUUGAGGAUCUGGCAAUGUUUCUAGCAAGGGCUGAGGUGGACGAAGUUUUGACUCCACAAGACUUGGAAGAGAUUCAGCGUCAAUUUCCAGGAUCAGAUUCAGUAGGAAAUAAAGUUAUUCAAAUAGCAAUGUCCUUGCUUAAGGCUCGACUCUCUGGGGAACGUAUUUUACGAUGUUGGGGGGGCGGAGGAAGCUGCAAAAAUGGAUGGACAAUUGAAGACGUGAAGGACAAAAUCGGGAAGCUAUUGGAGGAGUUUGAGGCUGGUGGUGAUACAAGAGAAGCCUGUCGAUGCAUAAAGGAGCUAGGAAUGUCGUUUUUCCACCAUGAGGUUGUGAAAAAGUCUUUGGUGAUCCUAAUGGAGAAUAAGAAUGAGAGACUAUGGCGUUUGCUCAGGCAAUGUUUCGACAUGCAGCUAAUAACAAUGAACCAGAUGACGAAAGGGUUCAAUAGAGUGGCUGAAUCUCUUGACGACUUGGCUCUGGAUGUGCCCGAUGCUAAGAAACAGUACAAGAAUUAUGUCGAACGAGCCAAGACUGAAGGAUGGUUGGACACGUCUUUUGGUAUAAAUGGACUGGAACAAAGUCUGGAGAACGGUUAUCGCUAAACGUUGAGACGAUUAAAUCCUACUUACAGAUUACAAGAUCCAACCAUCUACACAAAAGCUCUCCAAAUACGUCUCCAAGUGUAAGGCUAAGUCAUCUUUUCCCUAUACAAAAAUCAAGUUUUCAAACUUCAUAUCUACUGAGUUUGUUUACUGUGACAUGGACAACUCCAUGUGUUUCAAAUUUACGACUCUUACUUCCGUUCUUUUGGAUCGUCCCAACAUUGACCAUGUAAUUUACCUCAUAUAAUUGCAAUCACUGAGAAAAGGGAUCAACAUGGUCAUUCUUUGUCCGAAUUCAUGCUAAUAUUAUUUGAGGAUUUCUUCUUCUUCAAUGGUUGUUACAGCAUAUCAGUGAAGCUCGCAUACAAAUACAGUAAGGAGAGUCAGCCAUGAACAGCAUUGUUAGUCUGCAUAUUUACAAGUACAUGCAGUGAGGGCAGAUUCUAUACAAUUACCAAAGUUUUCUACACUAUUAUGAUGAUUGUGUUUAAGAUUGUUUUCACAGAGAAAUUUAGACAUGAGCCUUUACAUAGUUUUUUUAGCAUAGACAACGUCUAGCUUCUUGUUUUUCACUAUUUUUUACAUGUAAUUGACAGCCAUAACCUCUAGAUGAUCCUAUGAAGUUAACUCUGGAUACAUACAUACAAAUUGUAUACUAA